CCUGUACUUACUCCAACGCAAAGUACAACUACAAGCUAUGUACUCUAUAUAUCUAUGGUACAAGCCAUUUACAAGCUAGCCUUGCAGGUAAAAACCCCACUACUGUUUAGCUAGCUUAAGCCAUGUGCUCUUAGAUUAUCUGCCAAGGUAACGCAACCACUAGCUCACAGUGUAUCUAUAGCUAGCUCAAGAGCUGUGCUAGAUUAUUUAUAUCAAUGGCUGAAGGAAGAGACCCAAUUCAAGAUCAGCUUAGACGCAGUCAAAGUCUCUCCUUGGAAACCUCCAACAGUACAAGGCCAGUGCAUGAUGGUCAUGACAGCUCAGUCUCCAUGGAGGGGCUCAAUGCAGCAGACAUUGAUGCCAUUGUCAACAAGAAAUGGAUGAUUGACGAAGUCAUUGGAUUGGUGCGAUCGAAACUUGCAAUUCUGACAGGUGGACGUGACAAAAGGGGAGCCCCCGUAAUUACGAUAACCUGUAACGAGCACUCUGAUGUGAGACCCAUCAAUGUCGGCAAGCUACUCUCCUACCUCAGCAAAGCAGUCGACGAGCCUCUCCAAGGAAAGGGCUUCACUAUGGUACUGGACAUGCAGAAAUCUUCAUGGGCCGUCACCAAGAAUUUGCUCAAGUCUCUACAGCUGACUUUUGUGGAGCACAUUCAUCACGUAUUUAUCGUCAAGCCCAAGGCUUUCUGGCAGAAGAGGAAAGUUGGUGUCAGUCUCUCCAUGCAAAAGGCCAGAUAUAACUUCCCGGUGGUGUUGCUGGACAAUAGUAACGGGUUGCUCCAGUAUCUGCCGGCCCCUCAGGUGCACAAGGAACUGGGCGGGUCACUAGUCUACAACCACGACGAAUGGAUAGAUGCACAGAGGUGUCUGGAGAAGCAUCUGUUGGAACUGAAAGCUCGUCUCGAGGGUAUAGAGUCACUGAGGGAGCAGUUGGAACGGAAUGAGGACCCGGUGAAUCUGAAUGAGGCUCGUGAUGCGGUACGGAGACACGUUGAUGCUCGGUCCCUCCUGGACAAGGGAGGUCUGGACACAGCCUGUGAAGCCGCCAUUCAUGCGGUGUCUAAGUUGAAGGGAUGCAGUCAUCCGGACAUCACUGAUUUUUUUAACCGCAUUGAUGAGUUGUGCGGCACUCUCCAGUCUACACGAGGUCGACUACAGCAGACCUGGGACGAGAAGGGAGGGAAGCUGGAUCAGGUGCUACAGUUGAGGAUAUUCGAGAGCGAUUCCAGCCAAUUGCGAGAGUGGGUGGAAUACGAGGGCGGCUCCUUGUCGAAGAAGCACACCGACAUUGGUGACUCCCAUUCCAGUGCAGCUGCAGCCAAACAGAGCUUUGCAGACUUCAACUCUCGUGUCAAGUUCAAGUCCCAGGAGCUCAAACGGGUGGUGGUGUUGGGGGAGAGGCUGGUGGCGGCCAAUCACUACGCUGCCGAGGAUAUCAAGAUUAAAAGUACAGAGGUCAAAGGUCAAUGGGACCGCCUGUUGGUGCUGGUAGAGGAUAGAGAGUCGUUGCUGACACUGUCAAUGAGCUUCUUUGACAGACAGCAGACGUUCUUUGACAAUGUGGAGGAGUGGUCAGAGACUUGCGGUACAAAGGACAUGCCUCCUGAUAUCCCGUCCCUGGAGGAGGCCAUCGCCGCCCACAAAAAGCUCCAGGAAACAUUUCAAACCUGCUACUCUCUUGUUCGAGAAGAGGGUCACAAGAUCAUCGAGAGACUACGGAAGCCAGUUGGAGAUAGCUCACUCCCUCAGGCGUUUGUUGCACGCACUCGUGUCGUCAAGGAGAUAUUAGAGUCCAUGUUUGACGAGGAAAACUGGUUGGACGAGCAGUGGAACACGAGAAAUGUGACUCUGGAGCAAACACUUCAUCUAAGGCAGUAUCAGAAGGAAGCUAAGGAAGUGUACGAGUGGCUGGAGAACGUCGGGAGGCCAUUCCUCACAGCUGCCAACAGCAUAGGUGAGAAUGAAUCGGAUACUAUCCAGCUGCUCAAAAAUCACGAUGCCUUCGAGAAAACCACCAAUCCAAUCUAUACUACUGCUAGCCAGCUGUUCACCAAGGCAACACACCUGGCCAAAAGCAGCCAAUGCAAACCUGAACUUAUCCAACGAGAGUCAUCAGCUCUGGAGGGUGUGGUCAACUCGUUUGCCUUAGGGCUUGACACUCAAAGGGAGACUAUUCUGCAGGCACAGGAGGUCUUCAAGAAUAUGGAGCAGGUCCUCUCUCAGUUUGAUCAGCUGACGCUACCAAUACCUCGCAGCCAAUUCAUCAGCUCCUCCACUAAUGACCUCGAGCUCUCCCUCUCCAAAUACUCUGACCAACACACUCUUGCUUCGUCCAUCACCACGGAGACGUAUACUCAUGUGGACUCGCUAUUAAACCUGUUGAAGACGGGUUCAAAGGUCAAGGAGGAUAAAGAGCAGGGUGCAAAGGUUACGGAUUAUUCGGAUGCUAUUAUGUAUCUUGAGACAAGAGUGGAAGGUGUACGUUGUGAUGUGGGUGUGGCCAAUCAGGUGUGUGAGCGACGAGAGAGACUGUGGAACUUGUCCAUCCAGUUCAACCAGUUGGGGCCUGACGUCGAUGAGCAUAUCAUGUCACUCGGGUCCUGGACUCAGGAACAGGAGAAUUGGGAAUGGGAACCGGCCUCAAACCUCAUAGAUGCUCAACUACAACUGGACGCAUUCCAACGUCAGUACAAUCAAUUCGUCUCGUCACACGACGAACUCGUAACUAGGGGGCAAAGUGUUGCCAAGGAGCUGGCGGAACUGGAUAUGUUGCUGUUUGGAGAGACGGGUGACCACUUUGCUGUGAAAGGUGUAGAGGUGUGGGUGGGACAAUUGGAGGGGGCGUGUCAGCGGAUGAGGGGCGUGGCUGGGAAGAAGAUGGAAAAACUGAAGAGUUGUCUUCAGUUUCACCUUCUUCAAGAAAGAGCCACACAGUUGACCUCUGAACUAACAACUCUCUCGUCAUCCCUCGCUCUUGUUUCUGGUGUCGGAGAAACCUUAGAAAAAGCCGAGCAACUCAAGCAGCAAGCCAUCGAGCUCAGUCACAAGUCAGAGACAGUCGCCUCUGAGCUAGAGCAAUACCAGGCCGAAGUGGAGGAGUGUGUCAAGGCUAAACAUUACCAGGCCACUAGUUUGAAACUGUUAGCUAAGUCACUACACGAGAAGAGAGGAAGUGUUUCGAGCAGCGUUGAAGAUAAACUGACGUUAGUGACGGCUGCGGUUGAGUUCCAUCUGGACGUCAAGAAUCUGUUCUCCUCCGUGGAUCAGUACGAGCUGCAAGUACAUUCAGAGGACACGAUUACCUCACUGGAAGAUGUUGAUGGCCUCGUUAGAUCGUCCAAUGAACUGCACACGUCUAUCCAAGAAUUGGCCAGUGUGGUCAAAUCUUCCGGCAUAAAGUUGGGGGAGUUGGUGAUGGAACAUUCCACAAAACAUCCCUCUCAAAAAACGUUUAGUUUGGACUUUGUAGCAUCUCCGAUUCUCUCAAAACGAACUCGUACCCACAACGCUUCGACCAAUGAUAUUAAAGCCGAGCCAAGCAGGAAAGGCAACGGUUUACUCGAUGAGAUUGAUGGGCAUAUACAAAACGAGAACAAACGAAAAAGUUGGGACGUUCUCGACUCUAAACAUGCUGAGACAAUAAUCGAAGAAGAACAAACAUUAAAAACAACAACAGACUCGCCGAAAUUACUGGUAGCCCCACGCAGAGCUAGGGCAGCUGGUAUAAAGGCAGCAAGGAGCAUGCCGGCUCUCGGACCCUCGUCUAGGGACCAUGAUGUCAUUGAUAAUCUUCUCGAGGAUGUAUCAAAGAGAGCGAGUGUGGUGGAGGGAUUGUGGAGUGGGCAGAUUAAAGAGUUGGAACAGUUGAAGGAGGUGGUUGGUUACCGUGAAGAUGUUCUGAGAGUGUUGGAGUGGGUGGAGAGUGUGGGAGACAAGUUUCUGGAGAGGAAGAACGAUCUAGGACGAUCGAUUGAAGAGGUGAAAUCUCUGAUUGCUGAGUGUAAAUCCUUUGCCGAUAAAGAUGUCACCCCUUUUUCUAAUCUCGUCAGUAAGCUGGAUUCUGUCUACCAGGCCCUAGCCGGAGGUCGAAGGUCACCGAAGGGUAGUAUCGCUGAUAAAAGAUCUGUUAGCAUGGACCCUGAAGCUGCCAAAAGAGAUUAUACCAAACCAAUCAGCAGAGCAUUCAGCAUUGAUGUCGGAGGUCAAAGGUCGUUCAGUGACGGUACUGAAGAUCCAAAGGUACUUCAGGAAGUGUGUACUCUGCAUUCUACGCUGGAGAGCAAGUGGGGAGCAUUUGAGAAAGACUUCAAGAGAUACUCGACAAAGAUGGAUCUGUCACUCAAGUUUAAUGAGGUUAUCUUCGAGGCAAGCAACUGGUGUCAGAUGACUCAGCAAUUUCUCGAUAAAAUGGAGGACAAGGUUGACCUUUGCACUUCGGCCCCCAAGGCUAAAGAUCUCAUUGAUGAGCUCGAUGUGUACAUGUCAGCCACCAAUGACCAGCAGAGUGCCCGGUUGGAGCAGCUCAAGCACACCAGUGAAUUCCUUCGUAACAACACCUUCAAAGAUCUGACCAAUCAGGUUGCUCGUAGCACCAGUCGUAUGCUAGUGGAGGUGGAGACGUGUGAGAGAAAUCUCAAGAAAAUGGCUGCCCGGUUCACCCAGAUUGAGAACGACAGAGAUAGAGAGAGAAGACUCACUAACAAGAGAGAACAUGUGAUGGAAGAGCUGCUACAGACGGAGGUGUCAUUUGUGGCAGACCUGAAACUGAUUUUGAAAUGCCGCCCCCGGUUCAUGAGAGCUGACAUGCUUCCCAACAGUCUCAAAGGGAAGGAAGCCAUCAUAUUUGGGAACAUCAACGAAAUAGAGGCUUUUCACAGAAUGAGUCUGUUGCCAGGGUUACAAAAACACCCGGGGGAGGUGGAGGACACAGCACAUCUCUUUGUAGAGUUUGCUGACAAGAUGCAGAAGAUAUACGUUCCGUUCUGUAGAGACAAAAGUGCCUCAGAAGAGCUUUUGACCAGUCAUAGAUCUUAUCUGAACAGGGUUCAAAGUUUAUUUGUGACAGACACACCCCUCUCUACCCUUCUCAUCAAGCCAGUACAGCGAAUCACCAAAUACCCCCUCCUGCUAAAGGACUUGUUGAAGUACACUGGUCAACUAGGAGAGCCAACAUCUGUUUUAGAGGAGGCUGUCCGUGCCGUGGAAAGGAUCCCUGUUGCCACAAACAACGCUCUGCACUUGAGCUAUCUUGAGAACUCCACUGAGCUGGUGAGUGACCUCGGGGAGCUAGUCUACCAGAGUACACUGCUCGUCUCAGACUCUAAGUUUGGUAUCAAAGCUGAAAAGGAACGACAAGUGUUUGGGUUUGAGAGGGCACUUCUUUUCGCAAGAAAAGUAGAAUCUGACAGACAAAAGAAUAUUUUAAAGUACGAACUCAAGUCCAAGCUCGCAAUCUCUUCGUCUAUUCAAAUAGUUGAGUUCAUUGAGGGAGAGCCUUGCAAGUUUGCACUGGUUACUGCUGACAACCGUUUACAUCUCAAGAGCAGCUCUGUCGAUAUCAAGCAGGACUGGGUGAGAUCACUAAGGGAAACUAUCCUUGAGACAAACACUAAAAUAGCUGGAAUGGAAAAUGGGAAUGGACUUUUGUCAGCCAUUGCCAAGGAUCUGAUGAACCCCAGUCCGUUCCAGAGUCCGGUUGGACUGCGAAAAUCUAAGAGUCAGGAGAUUGAUAAACAAACCGAAUUUGAAAAGUACAUUAUCAAGGAGAACUUCCACCCUCCACCACUCUCCUCCGAAGAUUCCCCUCUAUCCCUCAAAAAAGGAGACAUCGUUGAAGUCCUUGACGACAGCAUAGACGGGAAAUGGUUCAUCCGAACACAGCCUGUGACGAUAGCCGGCAAAAUGAACCACGGUUGGGUGCCUUCCUCCAUCCUGGAGAAGAUGGAUACUGAUAGUAUAGAUGGCAAGAAGGGAUGGGUACAGAUUACGGCUGGACCUCUGUCUGGCAGUUCAGACGAUGACAAGUGGACGGCCCUCAGGCAAAACAAAACGGGGUUUGGGAGUCGCGAUGUUCAGAGUCAACAGGUGAUCAGUGCUCUGAAGAAAGUGACGUUUGGUAACGAGACAAAAGACGAGGACGAGGACGAGGGGAUUUCCCUAGACAAGGGGCGUCGGAACAGGCCAAGGUCGAUGACGGCUCCUGAGGUUUUCCCACCUGACAUUUCAGUGCAUCCUCCCUCACUGCCGGAGCUGAACCGAUCCCAUAGUUCCCCAAACUCCUCCCCUAAACACACGAACUCUGACAGCUUGUCCAUUGCAGAUGCUGAGGGCACUGAGUGGACCAAGAUACAGUGGCGUAAGAAGGUUAUAAAGAGAAAGAAGAGUGACCCUAGAAGCGUCUCUGUCUCCUCAGACAUCUCAGAAAUGGGAGAGGUGUUUCACGACGAAGAAAAGCUUCACACCAGUAGCAGUGAGGAGACUAUGGACAAAGAAGAGGCCGCAGAAAUGGAUGCCAAGAAAGUGGAAAAAGCUCACCAAAAACUUGAGUUUAUACUGACAGAGUUACUUCAGACAGAAAAGGACUAUCUGGGAAGUCUUGAGCGACUUAUCAAUGGCUACCUGAAGGAGAUGCAGAGUCCCAAUCUACCGGACUCACUCAAGGGAAAAGAGAAACUCAUCUUCGGGAAUAUUCAAGAAGUGUUUAAGUUCCACGACACGACGUUCCUUAGUCUAUUGGAGGAGAGCAGUGGAGAUGUGGAAAAAACUGCCAGCUGUUUUGCAGAACACGCUCAUCAGUUUGAGGUGUAUGUGACAUACUGUGAGAAUAAGCCAAAGUCAGAGUCGUUCAUCUGGGCCUACCAUCACACCGGGGGAACGUUUUUUGAGGAGGUUCAAACCCAGCUUGGACACAAGCAAGGUAUCAACUCUUUCCUAAUACGACCCGUCCAAAGAAUCACAAAAUACAAACUCCUCUUAUCCGACCUCCACAAAACUGCUAAGAAGGCUCAACUGGACACCCCCAUUCUGGAGAAGGCUCUCUCGCUAAUGGAGGAGAUUCCUAAGAGAGCUAACGACGCCAUGACACUCAGUAUGAUCUGCGGCUACGACGGAAACAUUCACUCGUACGGCCAGCUGAUAGCACAUGAUGAGUUCACGGUGUACGAGCGCUCUCGUCGGACAGCUGCCAAGAGACACGUGUUCCUCCAGGACCAGCGGCUCAUUCUCACCAAGGAGAAGGACGCUGACGGCAUGUACGUCUUCAAGGACGCCCUCAAGAUUCACAGUCUGUCAGUAGCGGAGAAAGAGGGAGACAAUCCGUGUCGUUUUGCCGUGGGAACGGGAUCUGUUGAGUCCUGGGAGCAGUACUACGUAUUAGAGGCAGCCACUGCUGAGAAGAAGGAACAAUGGGUGCAGAGCAUCAAGGAGAUUCUCAAGGGGCAGUUUGAACUACUCAAAGCUCUUCAAGGACCUCGUCCCAGGAGUAAGACGUUUGAUGUGUCAACUCAGCCGUCACCUUUCCAACCUAACGACAGUGUGGCCAUGAUCAACGUGAGUGAUGACUCUGAACAAGAGGACGAGGAAUACCAACCACCACCCACUCCCAAAACCACAACCUUUGCUGCCGUGUUACCACGGUUACAAGGCCCCACCCACACCAUAGCCGAGCCCACCCCAUCCACGCCCCCCACACAGACACGCCCCUUCAAUCUCUACUUGGUGGCCGAGGACUGUGCCCCACCUAAAGACAACGAGGGGAUCAUGUAUGUUCGUCGUGGUCAGAUUUACGAUAUUCUGGAUAGCGCAUCUGAUUGGUGGUUGGCCCGGCUGAUCAAAACCGUGGGUACGGAGGGGGAGAGAGUGUGUGAGCAGGGCUGGGUACCCGGGUCGUUCCUGGACAAGUACGAGGGGAAACUGUCCCCAGAGGAAGAGGCAGCUGUACAGCAUGCCCUCCAACAGAAGCGUCUAAGAAAGCUCUCGGCCAAGUUGAAAAAGGAGCUCUCAUCAGGGGACUCCCCCGUUUUCAAUCGCCACACCUACAACUCCAGCACCCUUCCAGCUAGGACCAAAGCCAACGGUACAACUAAGAAAAUAUCGCCGAAAAGAAAGAAAUCUAAGCUGACCCCAAACAAGGUUACGAUCACUAGUAGCCUCUCCUUUCAGGAGAAUACGACUAGUGAACCUAUUGAGAAAAACGGUAGCCUUGGUAAAGAGCAGGAGCCUAAGGGUCCAGAGAUAGUCACCCCACUCUCUAGUGAGACGGUGAUAGCCGGUCGCUCCAUCCAAUUGAAGUGUGAGAUCAAGAGUUGCGUUUACCCCGCCCCCAACAUCACAUGGUCACAUGACGGCAUCCCGCUGAGUAUUGAUAGGGCGUUCACCAACUGUGGAGAGAAAACGUGCGUCUUGAAAAUCAACGAUGUUCAACGAAGCGAUGAGGGACAAUACUCCUGCAAUAUCAGUAACAAGAUGGGGGUGGUCACAUCCACGGCCACCCUCACUGUUCUUAGUCACCCGGAAGCUCCUGGUCAGCCGAGGGUCCGUCCAUUGACCUCGUCAUCAGUGGCUCUGUCGUGGGACGCACCAUUGUACACUGGCAACUCUACCAUCACCAUGUACCUAGUGGAGUGCAAGGACACUCUCUCGGACAGAUGGAGCACUAUAAUGAAACGCAUCACUGAGCCGUCUGCCAUGAUUGAUGACCUUGUCCCGGGGUCAGAGUACGUGUUCCGGGUCAUUGCCGGGAAUCAAAUAGGCUCCAGCGAGCCCAGUGCUGAGUCAGCAGUCACCCAAAUGGCUAGCCUAUCCUUGAGUAGCGAAUUCUCGCUGAACCAGUUUGACGACAACUAUGAGCUGCUGGAAGAGAUAGGACGUGGUCGCUAUGGUAUGGUGUACAAGUGCCUGCAGUCAUCCACACAUCAAGUGUGCGCUGCUAAGCUCCUCCCACUUGAUGUCGGUCGAGACCACGCCCAGCAUGAACUGAGCAUGCUCGGACGAGUUGCCCAUCCUAAUCUAACUCAAAUGAUGUCAGGGUAUCUCACACAGACGCACUACAUCAUCUUGUUCCAACUUAUCCCUGGUGUGAAUUUGUUUGAGUUCUUCACUUCUCGAGACUCUGUGAGUGAAGCUGAGACAGCUGUUGCCAUUGGACAAGUUGUGGGCGCUCUUUGUUACCUCCACCAGGCCAACAUUGCUCAUCUGGACAUAAAGCCCGAGAACAUAAUGGCAGUGGAAGUAGGAGAGUCCAAUGUUCCAGAGAUCAAACUAGUCCACUUGGAGAGGUCAAAAGAGAUCUUACCUGACACAGACGUCAUUGUCACCAGGCUGUAUGAAGAGAUUGACUUUGAAGCUCCAGAGGUCUUGUUGGGCCAGUCAGUCUCCAUGGAAACAGACAUGUGGUCGCUAGGAGCUGUCCUUUACACCCUCCUCACUGGAAGCUCUCCAUUUCUUGUGGACUCUCAGGAUCUGACGAAAGAGAACAUAGUCAAAGGAAGAGUGUCUUUCCCAAACAAAAUCUUCAAGAGUGUAUCCGGGAAAGCCAAAGAGCUUCUCACACAGCUACUUGUCGUUAAUAAAAACAAGCGGCUGUCGUCCAGCAAGUGUCAGAGUCAUGCAUGGCUGAACCAUCCUCCGUCAAACACACUAGACCUUCAAAAACUGAAAGACUACAUGUCAUCUAGAAAAUGGCAGAACACAGACAAUCUAAAAACUUCUUCCUAUACCUUGCUCUAGUGGACAUUGUUCUUUAGAAUUUUGUUUUGCGAUGUGUUUUAGUGCAAAGUCAUUUUUAUUAUCAUUAUUAUUAUAAUUUAUAUAACGAGUGUAAUAAUAAUUAAUAUAACGAUUGA